UUAUUUCCCCCUAUACUUGCUAUACACAGAGUUCUUUUAAUUAAGCUAAACCAUGAUAUAAACUCUGAACAGAUACAUGAUUUGAGGUGAUAUUGCCAAUAUAAACUGAUAUCAGUUGCCUUUUGGGCAAUGCAUCAUGUAUUUUUAAUUAGCUUUGUUAAUCACUGGAAACCAACAGCCAGGGGUUUCUAGAUGGAAAACAGUAGCAGUCUGCAUAUUCAUGAGAAACUUGUUUUUAUUACUUAACGAUUAACUAUUUAAACGACUAGAGGUUAUGAGACUGGAGGAUUUUAACUGAUAAAGAUGUUUUGACACAAACAGUGUAGUACUCAUUGGCUUUAAUAGAGGGACACAACACCACGUUAAUGGCUGAUACAGUGCUGCUGCAAAAAAUAUAGAUUACAAAACAACUUCGAGAUCUGCAGACAAUAACGUCCAUAGAAAACCUACAUGCUUCCAUGCUCUCCAUGUAAACAUGGACAUUAGAUCAACUAUUAGAUCAGUAAAGUAGGACAUUCCUACAGAUGCAAAGUCGUUCUUAAACCAAAGGUCAGAUUCGACGGUUACGGGAUUUCUGGGAGAACCAGUCUGAAGGCUCCUGUUCUAACACGAUUAUCAGGAUCGACUGUGUCCCACAAGUCUUCGCUUUGAAUAUUCCUUUCAAACAACUGUGAGGAAACAAAACAAGCGAGCUGUGGUUUGAUUCCAACACCAACACAUUUUCCACCAAUCAGAAGGCGCGUUGUAACAGCGUCUGACCAAUAGGAGUGCUUGUUCCCAGGCGGCCACUUCCAGCCCGGGUCAUCCCCAUGGUCGUCCCAUGAUCCCUCGGCCUGCUCGGACUGCUCCCCCAACAGCUGCACCGCGCCUCGCUUUCAUUUCUCCAUUUUUCUGCGCGGCGGAGGAAGUGAGAACAACAGCAGCGAGUCAUUCAUUUUCCUUUUUCGCUCCUUGCUUCUCCUCUGAGGGACACUUUUUUUUUCUUUUGAAGCUCCGUAGCUACCAGUUGUUUUGCGGUUUGAAUCCAGUGAGAGGCGCUGGUUAGCCGCUCCGCUCGGACUGAACCUUCCCUCGGUUUGUUCCUCCUCGGCGUUAGCUAGCUAACUUACCCGGGCCACGGUGAGAUUGUGUCCCUCCAUCUGCCCGCCGACAUGCCGGAGUACCUGGACGACCCGUCUGUGCUCACCAAGGACAAGCUGAAGAGCGAGCUGCUGGCCCACAACGUGGAGCUACCGAGCGGCAACCCCAACAAGGACGUGUACGUGCAGCUCUAUCUGAAGAACCUGACCGCUCAGAACAAGAAGCAUGUCCCGGCCACAACUCUGGACGCCUUCUCCAGCGACGAGGAGCUGCCGCCGCCCGUCGUCUCCAGCAGAAGUCGCUCCUCCGGCAGGAAAGCCACCAGGAAGACGGACAAGGUUCAACUGGACGAGCUGGAUGUGACGGUGCUGACUGACGAGGGCCUGAGGGACGAGCUGCUCAAGCAUGGAGUGGAUGUGGGACCGAUUGUGGCCUCCACCCGCAAGCUGUACGAGAGGAAGCUUCAAAAGCUGCUGGACGACGGUCCGACGCCGCUGCCGCUGCCACAGCUGGUUCUCACAGACAUCCAGCUCAACCACAACGGCAACUCUGAAUCUGACCUGUACAGCGACAAGGAGGACGAUGUGACAGAUGCACCAGUACCAGAGCCUGUGGCAGAACCAGAACCAGAACCAGCUCCAGUGGUGGAGAGACCAGUGAGGAGCAGAGGGAAGACCCCCGUCACCACCCGCACCCGCAGCAGCCAGCACCACACAGUGGAGAAAAUCGCAGCCAGUGACCAAACCCCCAAAGUGGAGGAGAAGGAUGUUCUGAAAGAGCUCUUCUCCAACGACAUAAACAGUCCAACAGGAAUCUCGGCCACCUGUCGAAGGCCCAUCCGAGGAGCAGCCGGUCGCCCGGUGAUUCCCAGCGACCUGUGGAAUGACGAAAACCGCAUCCUCUCUCCAAAAACCAAGACGAGCAGCUACUCCUCCUACACAGAGCACCAGGCUGUCAACAGAGUGCCCACCCUGCCCCCCUCCACCUCCACCUCCUCCUCCUCCUCCUCCUCCACUUCCUUCACCUCCUCUAACUCCAGCUCUUCCUCCAGGCUCCUGUCUGCAGCUCCCCCUGCAGGUCAGACCAAAGCAGUGCGCCGCAGCAUGUCCCUGUGGAUAAAGCUGUUCCUGCUGGCCAUCGUGGCUACUUUUCUCUUCCUGGUGUAUCAGGCCAUGGAGACCAACUCCAUCAACCCAUUUACAGGCCCAGACACAGAAGUGGCCAGCGGCAGCGCGGCGUAGAGAGUCCAGGAAGAGGCUGAGGGGGAAAGAGAAGCAUGCCUGCUUCUACUUUUUCAUUUUUUUGUGUGAAUCUACAUUGUAGCCAAUUUAUUCUUACCUCUGAGGCCAUCAUCUGUUUUGUCCUCAUUUUGUACUGUUGUUUUUUUCCCUUCUCUUCUGAAUCCGUUUUCAGUGAGCCCCUAAAGAGAAGUGACAUAGCCAUUUCAGUGAGACUCAAGGACCUCCAUGACACGUUGUUUUGGUCCAUCCUUGACCUUGGACCUCAGGUUACAAAGAAGCCAGCCACUAGUCUACUUUAGGACACACGCAGCAGUAAGACAUAUGAGGACUCGUGAUUCUUUUUUUUUUUUCCUUUGUUGUUGUUUUGUUGGUUUUAAUGUCAUACUUGCAUGGUGCGUUUGUUGGUGUG